AUGACACUCACCUGUCUGUCUAAUGCUGAAGAUAAGAUAAGGGCUUCUGUUUCCUGUCCAGGCUACCAGACGGCCUUUGGAGGCUCCUGCUAUGAGUUUGUGGAUCUCCAGCAUACUUUUUUCAAUGCGCAGGCUUGGUGUGAGCAGCGUGAUGGACACCUUGCUUUUAUCCCAGAUAAAGAAACUCAGCAUUUCAUUCAAACACUCAUGGACCCCAAGAGGGAUGUCUGGCUUGGAGUAGCGCCCUCCACCUCUCCAAACCUGCAAUAUUCUUCAACAGUUGAAGGUGCUCUCUCUUGGCUGGAUGGUUCUCAUCUAACCUAUUCAAACUGGGUGAGCAGCCCACAGCCAGGAGAAGAGUGUGGACACAUACUGAGAGACUCAGGCUUCCAAUGGGAAGCCACAAGACACUGCAACAAAAAACUACACUUUAUCUGCCAGUUUGACUCUGGCAGAUCCAUUGUGUGUGCAGGUUGUAACACCACUCUACAGUGUGGCUCUGGUCAAGUCCUAAUGAUAGAUCGCAGCUUCUAUGGCCGUAAGAACCUUCAUUACUGUCGAUCCACGUUCUCCCCUCCAACAACAACCACAGAGCACAAGUGUGGCUGGGUGGAUGUUGUUGAAACAUUAACAGCUCACUGCAGUGGCCGCCAGAUUUGCCAGAUUGCUCCAGUUGUGGACUCCUUUGUUGAACCUUGUCCUCAUCUGGGGAGCUACCUGUCUGUGGACUACCACUGCAAAGAUGGGCUCUCACUGUCAGUGGGCACUGUGGCUGCUGUUUAUGAUGACGUCACCAUCAACGUGAAAUGGCUUUUACAUUUACAGCAAGAUAACCUCAGCUGCAAGCUGAGUACCGGAGAUGGCCAUGUUAUUUAUCUGCUUAGUCCACAGGGGUUGGAGAGCAGCGUGGUGCACAGAUAUACUCAUCCAAGCACAUUUGUUUUGGUAGUCGAAUGCAUCACCAGGGACGUGCACAUUACAGCUCAGAAAAUAAUAACCAUUCAAGAGCCCAUUAUAGAGUUUGGUGUAAUCAGGUGCUAUGCUGGGAAACUGUCUUUCCAUGCAACCGACUGCAAAGCCCUUUGGGGAGAGCCAUUCCAAAUUCAAAUUGAAGUAAAGGCAGGUACAAAUGUGACCUACAGAGUCCAGAGUGAUGACAUGUUGUUGUCGGGUUUAUCUGUGUUGAGAGGAAAUAUUCCUCAGAACAUCACAGUGACUCCACAAAUGAUGACGCAACAUGGGCCUGGCUGCCACCAGCUGACCCUUUAUGCAUCUAACAUGGUCACAUUCCCUGAAGUGUCCGCACACCUGCAGAUGUGUGAGUUGGAAAAAGUAGCCAGGCUUGAGGCCACUGUGUUGACAGAGAGGGAUGAUUGUCCAGACUCUCCAGAUAUUACAGUUGGUGUUUCCCUUGAACAAGGAGCACCUGUACUGCUCCUUUUCUCACUGUCUGGAGACAACAGCUCGUACUCUGAGACCAGGGAAAUGAACACAAGCAAGGAAAUCUUUCAAAUUGGACACCCUAUUCAAGGUUCUGUUCAAAUGAAAGUAAGAGCAUGGAAUGUCUUCUCCUCUUUGGAAGUGGAUGUGGAUAUGUUUGCUUUCUGUGGCAAGGACUCAGUCUCAAAUGGUCAUGAUGACCAUUUUUUGAGACCGGGAAAGAAACAAAUUAGAGUUGUCAGAUCUCCAAUGAAAGCCAUUGCAACACCUUCAUAUUCUGUACCUACCAAAGAUAUAACGAUUACGCUUUCAAUAAGCGAUGCAGCCAAACUAAAUGACCCGAAGAAACGAUAUGAGUGGGCAUGCCAGAAUCCUUGUCGAUGCCAGGGAAAUUUUGAGGGACUGACUUAUGACAUUACAGAACGUUGCCUACCAGAUCCUCUUCAAUAUUUUAAUCUCACUUGCACUGAAGGCUGUAACCCAAUCAAGAAGAACAAGGAUGCAAAAAUUAAAAUGGAUUGUAAAGGACAACAGUGUCCACAGAUUGUGUGGAACAUUGAGGACCUACGUGACGACAAAAACUGGCCAGCAGCCAAAUCUAAAGGUCUGGAUGUCACUGUGGUGAUAACGUCAGCGGAUGUUGUACCACUUUACCACAAAUACAUCAUAAAGACAUCGUCAUCUACCGAGAAGGAAGAAGACAGUAAGGAAAAAGACAGUAAAGAGGAAGAUAGUAAGGAAAAAGACAGUAAAGAGGAAGACAGUAAGGAAAAAGACAGCAAGGAAAAAGACAGUAAAGAGGAAGAUAGUAAGGAAGAGGACAGUAAGGAAAAAGACAGCAACGAAAAAGACAGUAAAGAGGAAGAUAGUAAGGAAAAAGACAGUAAGGAAAAAGACAGCAAGGAAAAAGACAGUAAAGAGGAAGAUAGUAAGGAAGAGGACAGUAAGGAAAAAGACAGCAAGGAAAAAGACAGUAAAGAAGAAGAUAGUAAGGAAAAAGACAGCAAGGAAAAAGACAGUAAAGAGGAAGAUAGUAAGGAAAAAGACAGUAAGGAAAAAGACAGCAAGGAAAAAGACAGUAAAGAAGAAGAUAGUAAGGAAAAAGACAGCAAGGAAAAAGACAGUAAAGAGGAAGACAGUAAGGAAAAAGACAGCAAGGAAAAAGACAGUAAAGAGGAAGAUAGUAAGGAAAAAGACAGUAAAGAGGAAGACAGUAAGGAAAAAGACAUCAAGGAAAAAGACAGUAAAGAGGAAGAUAGUAAGGAAGAGGACAGUAAGGAAAAAAAGAGCAAGGAAAAGGACAGUAAGGAGGAAGAUAGUAAGGAAGAGGACAGUCCCGAAGAAACCACCGCUGGUCCUGCCUCUACAUCACCUGGCACUAUUACUGACAUCACUGCCACACCUACCACCACAGACACUGGUGAUACAUCUCCACCAGUCACCACCAACAAUUUUGACAGCCUUAAGUGUAGCAUAUCACCGCAGAGGGGAACAAUCCUUGAUGCUUUCAAUAUAACUUGCAAUACUGAAGUUCCUUGUUCUGACUGUCAGUAUUGUUUUAAGACUGAUGAAGGUAAGCAUCUGCGCUGCAGCAACAACAGUGAAGUGAAGGCUGUCUUCCUUCCUCUUGGAGACAGCAGCUCCAACUACAAGCUGAAUAUCAAAGCAACUGCAAACAAUGGCAGCUUUGUAGCUAGCACUACUGUCACUGCAGAGGUGCUGGAUUACACAGCGGUAUCUAGCUCCUCAGUAGAUGAUCUUAAGGCUUCAGUGGAGAAUGCUUUGGUUCAGUUAAAGGAGCACGGUGUACUGUCAGGAGAAACUGUGGGACAAAUCUUCAGUUCUGUGGCCAAUAAACUGAAUGCCCAAUCUGAUGAAUCGGAACAAGCUGACAGGCAAAAGCUUCGUGAGAAGAUGCUGGACAUAAUGAAUAACAUAGUAAAAGCAGCUCCCAUCAACACUCCAGAUGAAGUUCAAGCAACCACCAGAGGACUUACUGCUGUUGUCCAGAAAGGCACUGAACUCAGCACCUCUGCUCAGGAAGAGGCUUCGUUAUUGUUUGCAGCCCUCAGCUCAUCCCUCCUCCACAUGAACAUUACCAAUAGCGAAGAAAAUAUCAAUGAAAUACACACUGCAGCCAGCACCAUUGUGGAAGGAAUAAGCAAUAUCCUGCACUAUUCUUCGAGUAGGAAUGUCUCUGAUGCCCUUCUCCUUGCCCUGAGCAAUACACAGAGUGCACUGUUAGCAUUUAAAGAUGUGCACCAGAGGCCAACUAUCAUCCAACAAGCUCAUAUUGGUGUGUUUGUUCAUAGAGUGACACCUGGAAGUUUGCACACAGAGUCUAUAAAUAUUCCCAACAGUUCCAGCCCAUCAUUUUCUCUCCCAAAACUACCCCCUGAUGUGUUACCUUCAGAUGAACCAGUGGAUAUAAGGAUGCUGAGCGUAGACAAAAACCCAUUUUCCUGGAAUGAGAGAGGAAACAUCAGCGGCCAAAUAGGUGCUCUAUCCCUCACAACAACUGAUGGCUCUGAUAUCCCUGUGGAGAACUUGAGUGAGGAUGUCAAGAUUCUGUUGCCGAGACCUGUUGGAGAGCAGGUGAACAUCUCGGUUUUGGACCUGGGCAACUACAGCACAACCACCAUAGACAUUCCUGUAGCUGACAAUACAUUGGUGUUAAAGAUGGUGCCUUCAAAUGAUCCUUUACCCUUCAAACUGCUCCUGGGUUAUAUGGCCUACCCUACUGAAACCAAUUAUGUUGCAAUGACAGAGAUGCCUCAUCAGGGAGCAGCACCAGAAGAGAGAUACACUUGGCUGCUAGACCCUAAAGAUUUAAAGGGAAACACUGGAAUGCACUAUCUUGUAGUGAGGCCCAUUGUAGGCCCAGGUAUAAAAUCCAUCAAUGCCAGUUUAACAAUUACCUCGAUCACUACAGCAUGCAAAUUUUGGAAUAAGUCAAAAUUGGAUUGGAGCAGUUAUGGAUGCAGGGUCGGUGUAGAGACCACACAUUUAGUCACAGUGUGCCUCUGUAACCACCUCACCUUCUUCGGAAGCUCUUUCUUCGUCACUCCCAACCUUGUGGAUCCAUCACGCACUGCUGAGCUGUUUGCGACUUUUGCUGAGAAUCCUGUGGUUGUCUGCUUUGUGGGGUCUCUCUUUGUGGCCUAUCUCUUGGUGGUUGUGUGGGCACGAAGAAAAGACAUUCAAGACACAGCCAAGGUCAAGGUGACUGUGCUGGAGGACAAUGAUCCCAUGGACGAGUAUCGCUACCUGUUGAGUGUCAGAACUGGGCACCGGGGAGGAGCCUCCACUUCCUCUCAGGUGACAAUCACUCUGCUGGGUGCAGAGGGAAACAGUGAACCACAUCAUCUGACAGAUCCAAAGAAACGUGUGUUUGAGAGAGGAGCAGUGGAUGUGUUCCUGCUAGCUACGCCCUUCUCCCUGGGAGAUCUGCAGGGCAUCAGACUGUGGCACAACAACUCAGGGAGCCAUCCUUCCUGGUAUGUAGGCAACGUCGUGGUACAGGACCUACAGACGGAACAGAAAUGGCAUUUUCUAUGCAACUCCUGGCUGGCGAUAGACUUGGGCGAUUGUUCCCUUGAUAAAGUUUUUCCUGGUUCGACAGAGGUGGAUUUGAAGAGGUUCAGUAACUUGUUCUUCAUGAAGACUUCAAAGGAUUUCAGCGACGGACACCUCUGGUACUCUGUGAUCAGUCGACCACCGAGCAGCACCUUCACUUGUGUUCAGAGAGUUUCCUGUUGCUUCAGCCUGCUGCUCUGUACCAUGCUGACCAGCAUCAUGUUUUAUGGCAUCCCAACAGAUCCCUCUGAGCAGACCAUGGAUCUGGGUCACUUUGAGUUUAGCUGGCAACAGUUCAUGAUUGGAGUUCAGAGUUCUCUCAUCAUGUUUCCUGUGAAUAUCCUUAUUGUCAGCAUCUUCAGAAACACUCGUCCUCGGGAGACGUCUUGUUGCAAGCACAAAACAGAAAAACCAGAUACUAUGGAGCAGACUUCCUUCUCACAGGCUAACACCAACAACAUGAAUGUCAGUGUCACUUUAGACUCUGUCAUUAAGGAUAUCACAAGAAUCGCCCAUUCACUGUCUAAGACUGUAAAAAGCAACGUACCAUGCACAGAGUUCAAGUUUGGGCCUGGCCAACAAGUGGAUAUCAAUGCUGUCCUUUCUGUGGUGGAGGAUUUCAUCAAACAGAAUAACAAAACCAGCGACACCACCCUGCCCAAAACUCAGAGCUUCUGCAACCCCGUUCAGCCUCAGCUGCCAGAGGCCAGUGCAAGUAUGCAUCCUGGGUCAACAGUGGAGGGGAUUCAAAAGAAGAGCAACAAAACCCAGUAUCUUUACCGGCAGCUGUGUCACAUUGACAAAGAGCUGAGCCUGCUGGGACCCUCCGGCUUCCCCACCCAACACAGCUACAGCCAGGCUCUGCAGCAGGUCCAGGGCAUGAAGGGCUCUCUUGAAGAUCAACUCUUCACAUUUAGCUGUGCCAAGCCAGAUGAACUCACCCAGAGCAAAGUUGAAUGGUAUUCUUUCACUGCUCUCACUUGCAGGUUGAAUCCUGCAGAUAGCACAGAUGGUGACGGCGUUCAGAAGAAAAGGGUGUGCUGUCAUGGAGGGCUACCCUGGUGGUUUAUUUUUGUCGGCUGGCUGCUAGUGAUCGCAAGCAGUGUUGUAUCAGGAUAUUUCACCAUGCUUUAUGGGUUGAAAUUUGGGAAGGAACGCUCUGUGAGUUGGUUGGUGUCCAUGAUCAUCUCCUUUUUUCAGAGUAUCCUCGUCAUUCAGCCAUUGAAGGUGCUAUUACUUGCAGUCUUCUUUGCUCUUGUAAUAAAGAAAGUUGAUGAAGAAGAUUUUGAAAAUGUGGAGUUUGACAGAAAUCUAGUUGAGCGUAAGGAACAACAAAUGGUCAGAAAGAACAGUAAUCUCUAUAAGCCUCCGCCUCCUGCAGACGUUGAGAAAAUGAGAAGAAACAAGAUAAUGGAACAGAAAGCCUUUGCCCUCCUUAAGGAGAUUUUGACCUACAUGGGGUUUAUGUGGAUGUUGCUGCUGGUGGCGUAUGGCCAGAGAGAUCCCAAUGCUUUUUUCCUGAACCAGCACAUCCGGAACAGCUUCAGUAGAGGGAUCUCAGACAGCAUGAGUCUUGGAGAAGUGUUCACUUGGGCUAAUACAUCACUACUGAGUAACCUUUUUGGAGUUUAUCCAGGAUUUAUCACAGAUGGAAACUCCAAGCUAGUGGGUAAUGCCCGUCUUCGUCAGUUGAGAGUGCAGAAGGACUCCUGUGAGAUUGCAGACUCCAUGCUCCAGUUUGUGCCAGACUGUCACGCUCCAUAUUCAUGGGAGGCAGAAGACAUAGGCUCCUAUGACCUUGGCUGGAACCAUACUGUAAGGGAUAAUAUCUCUGCAAGCACUUCCAGCCCGUGGACGUACCAGACGCAGGCUCAGCUCAGGGCUCAUCCUGUCUGGGGUAAAAUGGUGCUCUACAGGGGAGGUGGCUUUGUAGCAGAGCUUGGUCCAGAUUCACAAAAUGCAAGCAGCACCCUUGAGUAUCUAUUCAGAAACACGUGGCUGGAUAUAUACACAAGAGCCAUCAUUGUCGAGUUCACUGUUUAUAAUGCUAAUGUGAACCUCUUCUGCAUCGUCACACUCUUGCUGGAGACCACAGCUGUAGGGGCAUUUCAGUUCCACAGUGAGCUACAGAGUGUUCGCCUCUACCAAUCAACCGGUGGCCUUCACGUCUUUGUUAUGGCUGCUGAGAUCAUAUACCUGCUUUUCAUCCUUUAUUACAUGUUCCUGCAGGGCAAAUUAAUGAAGCAGCAGCAAUGGGCUUACUUCAAGAGCAAGUGGAACCUCCUUGAGCUGACUAUCAUCUUACUGAGCUGGAGCACCGUGGCUGUCUUCAUACAAAGGACCCUGCUUGGGAACCGCGAUAUGACCUACUACCAAAAUCACAAAGACCAAUUUGCCAGUUUUUACGAGACAGCCACAGUAGACUCAGUGCUCCAGUAUCUGAUUGCCUUCCUCGUCCUGCUCGCCACCUUCAAACUGUGGCACUUGCUCAGACUGAACCCUAAGAUGAACAUGAUCACUUCUGCGCUGCGGCGGGCCUGGAGUGAUAUAUCUGGUUUCCUUGUAAUCAUUGUGAUCAUGCUCGUGGCGUAUUCAGUUGCAUCCAAUGUGAUUUAUGGCUGGAGGAUUUCCACAUAUAGAACGUUUACAGAUGCUCUCCUGACAAUCAUCAGUUUGCAAGUAGGCAUCUUUAAUUAUGACGAGGUCCUGGACAGUACCCCUGUGCUUGGUGGAUUACUCUUUGGUUCCUGUGUUGUGUUCAUGACAUUUGUGGUGCUUAAUCUCCUCCUCUCAGUGAUCCUCGUGGCAUUCAACCAGGAGCAAAUAUAUCACAAGCCCUCAGACGAGGAGGAGAUUGUUGACCUGAUGCUGAAGAAAAUCUGCAGUCUUUUUGGGAUCAGAUAUAAAGACACAAACGACAACAGGGGGCCUGAUGUGAAUGUGGCCAGUGGCUUGACCCUUAAUAACAGCAAGAAUAUCCUUAAUAAUUCCUCAAUCGAUGUAAAUAUUUAUCAGAAAUCUGACGACUCAGAAAAUCUCUAGGAGCUUAGCUUUAUUUUGUUGAGUUUCAUAUGAGUGUUUUGAAUAUUUUGCAUACAGUAUAUCCACAUGCUCAUUUGUAAUAUUCGUUCGUCUUUACUUGUUUCUUGCUCGCAUGGUGUGCUACUGUGUGAAUGUGGUGUGAUGGAUGAUUAUGACAUCCACAAUUACACUGCACAUUGUUGGUGUGAAUCUGACAGGGUGUUUAUUCAGGCAAAGUUUAUUUUAUUCACAGCAAUGCUUUGCUUCAAUUAACCUCACUCAGGAUGCAUAAGGAGAAUGUCAUAUACUUCAAUAUAUAUUCAUCAAAUGAAUUGGCUAAGUUGUGGGUCCUAAUUUGUUAUCAAGAGGUGAGACAAUUGGUGUGGAAUAUAGCUCAUGUUUAUUGCAUAUACGUUAACAGCAGAAAUUGUCAAACAAAUUCAAAACACAUAAAUCGAUAAAAGCUUAGAGUUUUUUUGUUUUUUUUUAAAAAGGUAUUAUAUUGACACAAAUUGUCCGAAUAUUCGUAAAACACAUAUAAGAUCACUCCAUUUCAGAACUUCAGACUGACAAUUGAAAGGGCAGAGAGAGAGGAAGAGGUUCUUGUUUCAGUGUCAAGUGCACAAUAAUGCCUAACAAGCUGGAAUUAACAGGUAAUGUGUUACUUUAGCACAACAGAAAGAGAAGGGUAGUCUAUGGUUAGCAUUAUUGGAGCUGGAUGUAUUCAGUCUAACCUGGUGCCUUUCCCAGCAGACAUUGGGCGAGAUGUGGGGUACACUCUGGACAGGUUGCCAGACUAGGCAUUAUGUCAACAACGCUACAUGAAGCAGAUGAAUGACCUUUUCUCUGCAUUGUGAAAAUGGCAGUCACUUAAACCACUGACUGUGCACCCCACCGCCAAGUGGGCAGGGGUGGUAAUUGCAACCGGCCAAAAUGGCUUGUGCCUUUCCCAGCGGACAUUGGGCGAGAUGCAGGGUACACUCUGGACAGGUUGCCAGACUAUCACAGGUCUGACACAUAGUAAUAGGCAACCAUUCACACUCACAUUCAAUUCUACAGUCAAAUUAGAGUCACCAAUUAACAUGCAAACUCCAUACGGAAGGGCUCCUCCAUGCCGCGGAUUGAACCCCCAACCCCAGGUUCGAACCAGGAACCUGGGGUAUAUUUAUAAUAUGGAAACAUGGUUAGCCAAGGACAGUUCUUGCCACUUUUCUAAGGCUGUUUGGUGAAUGUUGAAACCAAAUGGAAAAUAUUGUUUUGCAUUUUGUGCUUAUGGUACAUUUCUGUGUGCUCACCUCUCACCUCUCUCGCCUCUACACAUUUCCAUUUCACAAUCAAAAGUGUAUGUAUUUAGUCUAACCACUGAUAGACUGCAGAGGACCCAAAGAAAAGCAGCUUCCCAAAAAAAUUACAGUCCAAUUACAUCGGUGUGGUACAAUCCAGUCUCUUACGCUUUUCUGACCUAGAAAACAAUUCAGAAUUGAAGGGUAUUUGGAGGGUGUCAUUUUCAAAUGGAAAUGACAGAUUUAGUGUCUGAACUACUGUUUUUAUCUCUGUCAGAAAAGCUAUUAUUGAAGGAAAGAAAAAAAUACCAAUAUCAUAGGCGCUUCCAAACACUUCAACAGCAGUGUGCUUUUAUGAUUGUAUGAAUGCAUGCUACAGUGUGUAAUCAAUAUUUGUUUUAUUAUGUAUAUACCUAAUUAUAUAUGUUUGUGUGCAUUGCGCAAUUUAAUGUUUCUGGUCAAUUAAAUAGCACCAUGGCUCUAUGGCUCAUGUUAGUUACUUCUACAGUAUUUUUGAUUCAUAAUCCUUGGUUUAAGGGCCUGGACACACCAAGGCAACAAUCGGCCUUUGGUCAAUGUCGGGCCAUCGGAGAGAGUUGCCCUAGUUUUUGCACCAAUUGGCUCGUGUCAACUGUUUCUUCAGCAUGUUGAAUCAGUGUCGAGGCCGGUGGAGCCCGGCGAUGAGUAAAGUCAGUCUGAUUGGCAGUUCAGCACAGGGCAAGAGAAGAAGAACAAAGGGGGGAGGGAAGGAAAUAACCAAAGUCAAGAGGGUGUGAAACUGAAAAAGCUUUUAAACAUCGGGUUGAAAGAGCAAAGCAUUGCAAAAGAAGCAUCUUGAAUCCGUCCCAUUGGUCUUUUAGUUUCCUUAUUUGAAUGAAGAAUACAGACUACCACUGCCUGCAGGUAUGGAGAGUUAUUUUUCCACACACAGGGGCAGAACAUACGCAUUAGUUGGCCAUUGGCUGUAGUCUUUGCAGUGUGUUCAGGCACAACUCUGAGUUAGACACAGGCGCAUAAGGCAAUGCAACAGUCAGCCUUUGUCAUCACUAGUUCUUUGAUGUUGGUUUUGUGUUUCUGGGCCUUGAUGCUACAGCAAACACUCUUUUAGCAGCUACUUUGUCAGAAAAACAACAGAGGAGCAAUUGGCCUGUUUGCAGUCUGUCACAAACUGGCUCAGAGUAUGUGACAAUUAGGGAGUCCACACAAAAGAUUUACUUAAAACAAGCCAAAUUUAUUAAACUAUAAUUAACUUAAUAAUCAAUGGAGUGUGCAGAUCAGCAAAGUCACUCAUGAAAGCCAUGCAUGGGUGAGUGUCAAGUGUUCUGUGGAGGUGUUGAAGGUGCAAACCAAAACCAAAGAUGCUCAGUGGAUGUAAGCUGAAAGGAAGGGAGAGACCAAGUGAACAGAUUAGGCAGCUUUUAUAGCUUGGAAGCCCAGGUGAGCCUAAUCAAGGUAACGACCCUCCCAUGUCAGCCAGCUGCCUGACGAGACUGGC